CUCGUAAGGACUGACCGUUGGCAAGCUCAGCUUUGUAAAGCACAUUUAAAUUAUCUUCAAAAUGGAAAUUGUGCAGAAUGGGAUUCAACAGUCCUUUUUCAUGUUUUGCUACACUCUAGCUUGUGCCUCUUUGCAGAUAAAUUCGAGGGUACUCAGUGUAUUAUCACAGCUCAGAGCAAUGUUGUGUUUCCCUCAGUCCCAAGUAUUAAUUUUCAAAAUGUGCUACGAAAUGGAUACAAAGUAAUCUUUGACCUGGGAAGGGACCAAUUUCAAACCGAUAUUGUCAAUGUGCAGAAGAAUUGCUUUCACAUUCAACAUGUUUUAAACCCGAAACACGGUAUUUAUUCGUCACAAAUGACUGUUGAUAUGUACAUUUGCCAGAAAAAGUGGUUUUGCAUUGAGGAAUUAGCAAAACUUCAGAAUAACCAUUUUGCUCAUUGCCAAGAAGCAAGAAUUGGUGCAGCACACCUACACAGCUUGAUAGAGCAUGCCGAGAGUAUAUUUGUAGACUUGAAAGUAUCAGCAAAGGUUAUUACUGCAAUGAAAGCUAUUGAAAAAGAAUCAAUUGCCCCAACAUCUGUUGUGGAUAAAGUGCAGUUGUAUCGAGAAAAGUGGAUGAAAGAACAUAGGCUCUGUGAAGAAAUUUCAAAAGAUGCAACUGAACUAAAAGUUCAUGUUGACCAAAUGAAAACCAAUGUACGAGAUACGUCGGAACUAAGAGCUAUAAGGAAAGAGUCACAGCAACAAACAAAACCUAAGGGAAAAACAUUGAAGAAAACAAAGGAGGUGGACCAAAAUUUUGCUUCUACUAGAGAU